GCGCAUGCGUCCUGGUGCCCGUCGGCGUAGGACGGACCAUAGAGGCGCGCGACGAGGCUACAGAGCGGCCCUGUUCCGCAUCCGGAUCCUGCCGCUCAGAGUCUGGGCCGAUGGAGUCGGCUCCGGAGCCGGUGUCCGGCGGGGGCCGGGCGCGUGAAUGAGGAGCUCGGCGCGGCCGCUCUUUCCCUGUCGCCUCGCGCCUCUCGCUGCUCCCGGAGGAGGAGGACCCCGCGGAGGAUGCUGCCGGCCCUGGCCGCCCAGCGGAGGGGCUGGGGCUGCUUCUACCAGCUCCACCUGCUGCGGCGGAGGGGCCGAGGCCAGGCGGGGGGAGCGCUCGCCCGGGCAGGCUGCCGCGGUGAGUAGGCUCGAAGGGUUGCGAGGGACCCCGAGGGUCAUCUAGCCCAACCCCCUUCAACGCAGGAAUUUUUGCCCAGCGUGGGACUCGAACCCACGACCCUGAGAUUAAGAGGCUGCUGCUCUAGGGCCACGAUAGCCGUUUUUAAAAAGUCUGUUUGAGGUGCCACAUAGAGUUGGAACGGACCCCGAGGGUCAUCUAGCCCAACCCCCUUCAACGCAGGAAUUUUUGCCCAGCGUGGGACUCGAACCCACGACCCUGAGAUGAAGAUUCUACCGAAUGAUCUAUUCCAGUUGUCGUUGGCUCACCCCUGCUCCGCUCCCCGAGCCCGGUGGACCCUGCAUCUUCUUGUAGUCAUGAAGACUAGAAACUUAUUUAACAGGGCACAACUGUCCUCUUCAUCCACCCAAAGCUGGUGUGUGUGUGUGGAGAGAGAAAGAACCUACAUCAGCUGCUCAUGUCCUGGGCAAAGCUGUCAACUUUUCCCUUUUCUUGCAAGGAAUCCUAUUCGGAAUAAGGGAAUUUCCCUUAAAAAAAGGGAAACGUUGACAGCUAUGGUCCUGGGGCUUGUUGGCCGCCCUCAGCAUUUAACAGGCUGCGAUGGUGGCAUGUUGUUGUUAUCAGCACCGCCAGUCCUGAAUCUGUUAACUCUGUGAGCAGUUUAGGCCUCCCACGCAGGGUCGUUGUGAUGAUUACUGAGGUUAAGUUAUAUGAAGUGGUUUAAAUGUAUUUUUUUGUGAGGGGGAUAUAGCAUCAUUAUCACUCACUAACAAGGUGCACAAGGUGGGGUGGGCAGAGGGAGGACUUUUGGGGUCACUGUCAGCAAAGGACCAGGCCAUCCAGUGUUUGGGCUGGAGGCACAGAGGACUGUGACACGGUGCUUCUCCCCAGGUGCAGUGCUUUCCACUGGUGGAUAGCAGCCUUUUACUUUCACAUAGGAUAGUGAAGUGGCAUUGCAGGGGGUUGGUGUAGAUGACCCUCAGGGGUCCCUUCUAUGAUUGUAGGGAGCUGAACAUUCACCUCCUGCUUGGUCACUCCAGCCAUAGUGGGUGGAUUCUGCUCCUGCCUGCCUAGUCCUGCUUCUUCAUCUGUGCAGCUGCAUCCUGGAUCCACUUUCUUGAACAUGCAAGAGUGUGAAGGAAUGUGGGGGGCUGACUUUUGUAUGUAAGGCUGUUAUACUAUUAAAGGGGUAAAGGGGACCCCUGACCAUUAGGUCCAGUCGUGGCCGACUCUGGGGUUGCGGCGCUCAUUUUGCUUUAUUGGCCGAGGGAGCUGGCGGCGUACAGCUUCCAGGUCAUGUGGCCAGCAUGACUAAGCUGCUUCUGGCGAACCAGAACAGUGCACGGAAACGCCGUUUACCUUCCCGCCGGAGCGGUACCUAUUUAUCUACUUGCACUUCGACGUGCUUUCAAACUGCUAGGUUGACAGGAGCAGGGACUGAGCAAUGGGAGCUCACCCCGUUGCGGGGAUUCGAACCGCUGACCUUCUGAUCGGCAAGCCCUAGGCUCUGUGGUUUAACCCACAGCGCCACCCGCAUUAUACUACAGUGGUACCUUGGGUUACAUAUGCUUCAGGUUACAUAUGCUUCAGGUUACAGACUCCGCUAACCCAGAAAUACUACCUCUAGUUAAGAACUUUGCUUCAGGAUGAGAACAGAAAUCGUGCUCCGGCGGCGUGGCGGCAGCAGGAGGCCCCAUUAGCUAAAGUGGUGCUUCAGGUUAAGAACAGUUUCAGGUUAAGUACGGACCUCCAGAACAAAUUAAAUACUUAACCCAAGGUACCACUGUAUUAGGCUGCAAUAAAUCAGUGUUUCUCUUUCCCUACGUCUGUUACAUCUGUUUCGCUAGUCUGAUCCACUGUUGUUACCCUACCCUCAGCCGCUUGAGAUUGCUUUGCACCCAUCAUGGCAUGUCACUUUACAUUUUUCCAGCGGGUUCAAUUUGAGUUCAGAUUCAGCAGGUCUGUCAAGCCCCAAAAUUCACUAGUGCAACCUAUAAUUGAUGUGGAAGUCCCUCUCAGUAUGGACCUAUUUAACCCCAUUGAGUAACUGCAGCUACAUAUGUGCCCUUGAGAGUAAAAGGGUAGCAGACAGUGAGCAUGGCUUGUUAGCAAGCUAGAACCCUGAUAUCUUUUUCUUUGGUCCAAAUAUUUUUAUUGGUUUUCAUGUAAAUACAAGAAGAAUAAAUAACUAUAGUAACUUGCCCAGUGGUACAUUAAGUUUCAUAUGUAGUACACAGUACACAAGCAAUCUGUUUAUUCUACCUGUUUGUUUUGGGGCACAAUUAAAAGCAUUGGCGAUGAUGUUUUAAAGCUCUGAGUGGCUUGGGAAACUUUAGGGACUGCUGUCUUGCAUGCCAGCCUACGGUCUGACAGAGAGGCCCUUCUCUGCGUUCCAUCUAUAGUGUUUGUUUUAUUGGAUGCAUACAUUUUUGUUCAGUGCUUUUGCUUUUCUUUAAAAACAAAACAAACAAUAACUGUGCGUUAUGGUUGCCUAAAAUUAUUGCUAGCUACCAUGAUAGGUAUGUAAGCACCAGAAGGUGAAAAGAAUACAAAUUCUAAUAUAAAUAAAUAGGUAAAUGUGUGUGUGCGUUUAGAGGUGGUAGCUACUUAUCCCUGAGGUUGAGUUUCGACAGCAGUUUAUAAUCCCAAUUUAGAAGUCUGGGCAGGUGGCAGCCCCACAUAGACAGGGCUGUCCCCAUUGUAGGGGUGAGUGAGGCAUUCACCUCGGGCAGCUGAUGCCGGGGAGCAGCCCCCUAGCUAUUCCUCCUGACGCAUUGGCCAGUCCUCCCUAUUAGGGGCUUUUGCAUGUGGAUGCCUCAGGUGUCUUGCAUUUUGCCCUUUGCAUCUGAGUAAAUGGUCUUGCUUUGUUAUUUCUGAGACCUGUGGCCCAGUGCCCUCUAAAUGUAGCUGAGUUAAAAAAUUUAAUGUUAUAUUUGGUGAAGGCCGUAGCCCAGUUAUAGCAUCUGCUUUGCAUGCGGGAGGUCCUGGGUGGGCGGGGUAUAAAUAAUAAAAUUAUCAUCAUUAUUAUUAUCCCCAGCAUCUCCAGGUUGGGCUGAGACAGACCCCCGCCUGAAAUCUAGCCAAUGCCAGUCAGUCUAGAUGAUAUUGAGCUAGUUGGACCACUGCUCUGACUUGGUAUAAUACUGCUUUCUCUGUUGCAUCUCAGUUAGCUUGCAUUCCUGAACAGCCCAAUACUUAUACUACUGUAGUUGCUAAUGUUUCCCUUUACCCUAUUUUUGUGCCACAUCCUAUGGCUUACAUUGUGUCAUGUGUAUAAUUGCUUUCUGGUCCUUCAUGAGCUUCCUUGUUGUUGUUGUUGUUGUUGUUGUUGUUGUUGUUGUUGUUGUUGUUAGAAUUUAUAUACCACCCUAUACCUGGAGGUCUCAGGGCAGUUCACAGAAAAGAUCAACAUAAAAACCACAAUAUAUAUACCGGUAAUCAAAAUUUUGCACAGGCAGUCCAGUUGCUUUGAGUCAAAUCCAGCAUCCCAGUUAACCUCAUGUUGCUAUAUUCCCCUUAAGUUCAUGACAAUACCCCAGCCUUGCAAGGAAAUCCAAAGACAUUAUUAGUUAGUGCACGUCAAUUUAUACUAGCUUGCCUGGGCAACUCAUACCAAUGCUAAGCAUUGGGGGCUCCUCAGCAGUCUGGAAGAUAAAAGGACCAACCUUAUUUCAGCUAAUUAAAAACAUCUGAUCCUGUUUGUCUAUAGGUACAUCUUACUUGUCAAGUGGCUAUUUACAAACCUAUAAUUCCUUCCAGCAGGGCUUACUGUGGCAGCAGCUAAUCUCAAAGCAGCCUCUUAGUAAGAGUAUAAUAACGUAAUCUGUGUUGUAUGGAAUUUUAUGUUGUAUGGUUGGUGUUCAGCUCAGUCUUACUCAGAGUAGACCUAUUGAAAAUAGUGGACCUGAAUGAGUCACGUCCAUUAAUUUCAGUGGAUGUUCUAAAACUUAGUUGAAUACCAGUCUUAAGGGAUCUACUUGAGAAAUAUUUUAGUUUUUCAGCGGAAUAUUUGAGUUAUGUGUCCUGAACAGUUUGCAAACAAUUAUCUGGCUGGUGCUUUUUGUUGCUGCUGUUGUUGCCAUCUCAAAGUACCCAAGCUGUUUUCUUUCCCAUUUCCUUCAGGGUGGCAAGCGCCCCUUAAAUUUGGCAGUCUCUUGCCUGUGCUGCCAGGGAGUCGUCUGCCGGUUCAUUCAAGCCAAGUAAGAGUUUAUACCUCUGAUGGUCAGAAGGACCACAGUGGGGCACAAGAUGCAAGCUCCUCAGCUGCCGAAGGCAGUGCGCAGAAAACAGCAACAGGUAGGCACCACCGUGUCUUAACAUUUCUUCUUGCAGAAAUUAGCAGAGUUGCCAGCUUUCAGCCCUGAGCUUGAUUUGGUUGCAACCUUUAAUUCUCCUGUGGGAUAGUGUGCUAGGGCUAUUUUAAUGGUUUGUAGAUUUUAAUUGGGGGUGUGGGCAGGGGGUAAAUUUGCGAGGGAUGAAUCUUGCUUCAAAACAGCCUGUUUACUGCACCUUACUGAAGUAAAUCUUGGAGAGUGGGUGUUCCCAAAGAAGUUUGGGGUGAAUUGACGUCCUGUCUGAAUUACCAAAGUGUUCAGAAGCAUUUUCCCCCCUUCUGUGUGCACCUCUAAUUAAUUUGUGCACACAGUGGCAAUAUUUCUGGUUAUAUUUCCGAGUGUCUUAAAAAACCCCAGAUCAAAAUAACCUAAUGACUGUAGAGACAGUUUGUAAUAACCUCGCACAUCUGCUGUAUGUGUGCGAUUAAUUCAAAUGUUUCCACGAGGCAUUUAAGCCACGGUCUGUUGCUGAACCACAGCUUGAUGUGAAGAUGAUUGCCAAGUGAGAACAAAAGCUUCUAAAGCUGCUGCUUAAGUAUUGUUAUGUUGUCGAUUGGCUUGAAAUGGGCGUUCCAGAAUCCUCCAUUAUUCUAAAUGUUCAGAUUCUAAAUGUGCUUGCUUGGAAUUAAAGCCUGUUGGUUUCAGUUUUUUCUGGCCCUGGUUUAAAUUAGUUCUUUCAAGGCAGCUGUUUUUGAAGGUAAAAAGGCAGAUUAAGGAAAUGGCUUCCAUAAGGAGCUCUUGCCCAAUUCCCACAUAAAUUGGGCGCACCCUCUGGAGCAGUGUCUUCAAGCCUGGGUCCCCAGAAGUUGUUGGACUGCAACAUCUUGGCUGUACUCUGUUUCCAAGGUCCAGCAACAAUUGUUGGGCUACCCUUCUCCUCCAUCCUAGCCAGGACAGCUAUAAUCCAAAAGACCUAGAGGAUAUCAGCUUGGAGAAGGCUGCUUUAGAACAUGUCCCAGAAUUCUCUGCAGUGUGCCAAGAUUCUUCAGCAUGAACUGACCUGGACCUUACGAUCGUCAUCUGAGGCCCUUCUUUAUGUACACUCGAUAGACACAAACACAAAUAAAAGACUAGUUGAGAUGCAGUCCACGGAAACAUGCAGUUCUAUUUGUAGUAGUAUUUAUUACAGUGGUACCUCUGGUUAAAAACUUACCAUAUUUUUCGCUCUAUAGGACGCAUUUUUUCCCCUCCAAAAAUUAAGGGGAAAUGUGUGUGCGUCUUACGGAGCGAAUGCAGGCUCCUUGGCUUCAGCGAUAGCAACGUGAAGCCUCCAAAGCGCAGAGGGAGUGCUCCGGAGGCUUUGCGUUGCUUUCGCUGAAGCCUGGAGAGCGAGAGGGAUCGGUGCGCACCGACCCCUCUUGCUCUCCAGGCUUCAGGGAUAGCCGCCUGAAGCCUCUGGAGUGCAGCGGGAGGUCCCGCUGCGCUCCGGAGGCUUUGGGUUCCUUUUGCUGAAGCCGGGAGAGCAAGACUCUCCUGGCUUCAGCAGAGAGAGCUGCGCAGCACCCCUUCAGCCAAGCGGUAGGAGAAAUGGAAGGGGCUCCGUUUCUCCUCCGGCUUCGCUGAAGGGGCGCUGAGCAGAGAGGGGGAGAUUUUUCCCCCCUUGUUCUCCCCCUCUAAAACAAGGUGUGUCCUAUGGUCGGGUGCGUCCUAUAGAGCGAAAAAUAAGGUAAUUCGUUCCGGAGGUCCGUUCUUAACCUGAAACUUUUCUUAACCUGAGGUACCACUUUAGCUAAUGGGGCCUCCCGCUGUUGUGUACUGCCGCCGCACGAUUUCUGUUCUCAUCCUGAGGUAAAGUUUUUAACCUGAGGUACUACUUCGGGUUAGUGGAGUCUGUAGCCUGAAGUGUCUGUAACCCGAGGUGUCUGUAACCCGAGGUACCACUGUAGUUGCUUCUCAUAAAAAUGACUCAAAGUGACUUAGAAACAGAAGAGAAAUAAACAAGCGUAAAUAAAAGACAGGUCUGAAGCAGGAAUUGACAACCUAUGGCCCCCGAUUCUGUUGGUAGAGCUGGGCAAUAUCUGGUUUUCAACAUUGUGUUAUAUCAACAGAUGUUGGUGAUGAUUAUUAUUAUACCCGCCCAUCUGGCUGGGUUUCCCCAACCACUCUGGGUGGCUCCCAGCAGAAUAGUAAAAACACGAUAAAACAUCAAACAUUGAAAGCUUCCCUAAACAGGACUGCCUUCAGGUGUCUUCUAAAAGUCAGAUGAAUACCUCAAUAUGCUGAUUUAGCAUGAUGUCUAGAAUGUAUCUUGGCUGUUUUUUCCUCGCCCCCUUAGACAGAGAAGCAGCAGCCCAGAUACAUCGCUCAGUCCAAGCCACAACGCCUCUCUGGCUCACAUGAGCCACAGAGGCAUUGGGGCUUUGUUAAACAGCUCAGCUGGGGGGUGGGACGCCGCCUGCCCCUCAGCUGAGCAAGCCCCCAUAUCUCUCCGGCUUGUAUAAGCUGGGAGGGCAAGGGGCUUCCUCAAAGGGGCAGGCAGGCAAGUAGACGGAGCCCAAUAAGGUCCUCAUCCAGAACUUUCUCAUGCUCUGCCUGCCUGCUUGCUUGCCUGCGCCUUUGCCAUCUGCAGGCAAUUCAAGCUGGCGUGAUGUCUUGUCCGAAACUGGUAUCGCGAUCCGAACCCCGUACCAGUUUUAGGCAAUUUGCCAAUAUAUCGCCCAGCUCCAGCUGUUGGACUCCCAGUUCUUAUCAGCCCCAGUUCCCACGCCAGCUGAGGGCUGAUGGGAGUCCAGCAGCCUCUCUCUGGCACCAGUUCCCCCAUCCCUGCUCUAAAGCUUUUCAGAAUUCCUCAAGGAGAGGAGAAGAUCAGGAGUCUUGGGCAUGAAUCCCAACUUCCCCAUAAUUCCCAACUUUCCCCUUCAGUGUGUAACUUCAAGGAAGAGCUGAGUGUGUUUUAGAUCAGAGCUCCCCAAACUCUGAUCUGUCGGCCACAAGCUUCAUUCAGGUGGCCCACGGCAUGUCUGCGGGUUUGUCGUUGAAAUUGUUUUUAUAUAUGCAUUUAUUUUAUAUAUGUCUUUAUUGUAUUGUGAAGUCAUUUGAGAGGCUUUGUAGGAAGCGUGAUUCAUAAAUUUAAUAAUAAUAAUAAUACCACUGAACUAUGGCUUGUCCUCCCAGCCCCCGCAAUGGUACAGUAUAUCCAUAUUCUACAGAAUAACUUGCUCAAGGCUUUAAACAGUAUCAUCUUGACCCACAGAACAGGGAAUAGGUCAGUUUCUGCUUAAUUCCAAGUACCGUGUUUUCGUCAGGCCUCCUGGCCACUGUUACCCAGUAUAUAUAUAUUUUAAAGGGCACAUAACGCUGCCUGAAUCUCCAGUAGUAAAUCUUGACAUUUGAGAUGUGAUUAUUUUCCCCUGAUCAAACUUUAUGACUUAACCUUUUUAUUAAAUAAUGUCACCGUGUGUCCAUUUUACAACGGGCGACGGGAGGGGAAAGGAAAGGAGGAAUCAUUGCUACAGGCAGCGACUUUCGGCAAACCUUGGAGAAAAUGUGACCUUGCCAAGGUAUAUCAGUAUAAAUACAGCCUUCCAGCCCAGGGCUCUGAAGAUAAGGAGGAAGGGGGCAGACAGGCGUAACUUUGAAACAGCUUUUGCUGGUGUCUGUUUUUAAGUGUAUCAAAAAAGAAGUUGCUGCUGUGUAUUCAUUUAGGCCUUCUCUGUAUACAUUAUAAAUGGAAAGCCAUUAUCCAGAGUUUCCUUCUCUUAAGGAAGCAAUUUACUUUAUCCCUGCCCCCCCGUUUUUGUAAAUUAAGGCAGGAAGAACUAAUUGUUUGAUUCUUUUUUUUUAAAAAAAAAAAGUUGCAUAGACCAAGAGUGCUUUAAUAAUACUUAACUUUUGAAUAAUUCAAGCCACUUGCCAAGCCUUCUCUUAAUAAAAACACAGCUCCCUUUGUAGCGUUGUCAGGUUCGGAAGGCUAAUCCUAAUGUCUUCAGUUUCAGUAAAAUUAGCUUCUCUUUUACUGGUAGCGGAUGUCUGGCGAGCAUCCAAACGCCAGAGAAUAAAGCUUCAGUAUAUUGGCUGUUGUUAUUGAAGUCAUAAGAACUUAAUUCCAUUGAUAUACUUAAUUAAGACAGAGAUGUGCACGGCACCAUCUGCAGGCAAGGCAGAUUCUGUUCCUAGUGGGGAACACCUAUGGCAGGCGUCUGCAACCCGCGGCUCCAGAGCCGCAUGUGGCUCUUUUACACCUUUGCCGCGGCUCUGGGGCGGAUACUAGCAAGGGGAGGAGGCGCAUUGUGCGCCCCGACACUCCCCACUGUGGCGAGCGCUGUACUGGCUGUGGCGUUGCACGGGGGCAGUGCAUGCGUUAGUCACGCACCGUCCCGAUGUCACCUUCCCGCCCGCUGUCAGAUCGCGGCUCCGGAGAUAUAUUUGUUUUAAAUGUCGCAAUGGUUUGCGGCUCCCAGUUUUUUUUCUUCAGAAACGGGUCCAAAUGGCUCUUUUUGUCUUAAAGGUUGCAGACCCCUGACCUAUGGCUAUCUCUCAGCCCCACCCACCUCACAGGGCUGUUGUGAGAUUAAAUGGAGGUGGGGGAAACCAUGUGAACUGCUUUGAACGCCUUGUAGGGAAGGCAGGAUGUAAAUGUUUCUAAAUAAAAUCUUUAGCUUAAAUGUGCUUGGAUUUAUAACACCAUAUAACACCGGUCUUGAAAGACCUACAUUGGCUCCCAGUACGUUUCCGAGCACAAUUCAAAGUGUUAGUGCUGACCUUUAAAGCCCUAAAUGGCCUCGGUCCAGUAUAUCUGAAGGAGCGUCUCCACCCCCAUCGUUCUACACUGAGGUCCAGCACCAAGGGCCUUCUAGCGGUUCCCUCACUGCGAGAAGCCAAGUUACAGGGAACCAGGCAGAGGGCCUUCUCGGUAGUGGCGCCCUCCCUGUGGAAUGCCCUCCCACCAGAUGUCAAAGAGAACAACAACUACCAGACUUUUAGAAGACAUCUGAAGGCAGCCCUGUUUAGGGAAGCUUUUAAUGUUUGAUGUAUUACAGUAUUUUUUGGAAGCCGCCCAGAGUGGCUGGGGAAGCCCAGCCAGAUGGGUGGGGUAUAAAUAAUAAAUUAUUAUUAUAACACUUUUUGAAAACCAGAAGUUAGGUGUCUGCUUUAAAUUAUUUCAAAUGUUGCAAAAGCAAUAACAACUUUGACUUCCUGUCUAGCCCCUUUGCAUAUAUUUUAUCUUACAAUCGAAUGUACACAAAACAAUAAACGUUUCUAUAUAAAUUUUCCAAUACAUUCUGAAAACAUAAUAAAUCCUUAAUUGUUAUCCACCUCCUUUUAGUUCCUUUAUCACUCGAAUGCUAGGAUGGAGUCAAAACUAUUAUUGUAUUUUUGAUCAUAUUUCUAUAACCAUCCCAUUUUUCCGCAUAUUUUUGCUUUGAGUUUCCUCUGAGUUUACUAGUCAAUUGAGCCGUCUCCACCAUGAAGAAAAUAUUUUGGAAGAUAAAAGGGGAAAAAUAUUUACUUUCAUUAUUAUCAUUUUGUGUGCGGGUGUGGGUGUCUGCACAUAUGUGUGUUUUUGUAUGGAAUGGGAGGAAAUAAGACGGUAAAUAACAAAUAACAAACUAAAUAUUGAUUUAUGUAAUUUUUAUUUCUUAAUUAUAUUUAGUGGUAGUAUGGUUGUAUUGUUUUUUGUAACAUAAAAUCAUUCAAUAAAAAUUAUUUAAAAAAAAAUAAAAAUCAAAUGUCACAAAAGGCCAAAUUUAACAGUGGGCUAACACAUGCAUUAUUUUUUCCCCUUUAAGCAACAAUGGCAAUUUCAAAUAUGUACUCCUCCCCCCCCCCCAUGGCUUUCUGUCUUUGUCUUGGAAAGCAGUAAGUAGGAUUUACUCCGACUAAUAAUUAAUUGUUGUUUUUUAACAGCUAGCAGUCAAACGCCACCUUUGCCGCAAACUCCGAUUCAAGUGAAAGGUAAUUAUUAUGACAUAGCUUUGCACUGGGGUGGGUGGGUGUGUAUAGAGGUUGCUGCAUCCUCCGUGUAGCAGUUGCUGAAGACAGACACCUGUUUGGAUCAACCGCUCUCAUGCCAGCAUCUAGAGUCAUUGGGUUGUAGUCAACUAAGUAUUACUCUGAGAACAGUGUGACUGGCUGAGCAGGCGAUGGAGGCGGGAGAAGCCAGAGCUGCAAGGCCAUUGGGCAGUGAGGAAGAGCAGUGCCCUUGAGACAUUGCUGUGGGGACCUCCUUGUUUCAAAAUACUUCCUUUCUAAACAGAGUAGGCCCAUUGAAAUCAGUAAACCUAAGUUAAUCAUGUCCAUUACUCUGCGUGAUCAGAUCAUGUAGUGCAUUCAUAGAGUGAAAUAUUCUCAAAAAAGUCUGUUUUAUAAAUGAUUUAAUGUUUGCACUAUAAGCUGCUGCUUUAACGGGUAAUUAUCUAUAAUUCCCACAUCUCCAGUUGCUAUGUGUAUGUAUCCAGCUUGCCAUUCACUUCUUGAGCUUACCAUUUGCUUGUCUCUGCAAUGAUUUUGUCAUGUUCGGUGUCCGUUACCAGAUUUCAAUUGAGGUGAGACGAAUAGGUGAACGCCUGUAUAUUUUCAUGCAUACUGGCUUCUCCGCGGUAGAGAGGUCCUUUGGUGGCGCUCGUAACUGAGUCUCGCCCUUUUCCUCCCCCUUAAAGUGAAAGCUGUACUUAAAAAGAGAGAAUAUGGACCAAAAUACAUGAAGAAUAACUUCAUCACUGGCGUCAGAGCAAUAAAUGAGUUCUGCCUUAAGUCCAGGUAUGAUCAUUUCUUUCUUUAAAAAUUGGACUGAAAUUCUGUAACAACUGUUGCGGUGUGUCAAAGCUAACCGGUGAGAUAUGAAGUAGCCAGUGGAAUGUGAGGAGGAUCAUGAUACCAGACGUUAUGGGUAACAUUUUGGGUUUGGGGGGACAGCUUUGUGCUCUUGGUUACCAGAUACUUUUCACUGGGGUUGAGAGUGGUCAGCUUCAUAAUAAAGUUGGCACCACCUAGGGACUUCAAUGUUAAUGGGUACUGUGAGCGCAGUUCCAUAUUAUGUUGACGUUCUAGGAGAGAGGCUCAGUUCAGCUAUCAUGCCAGACAAUGGCUUGUGCUAACUAGAAUGAAGAAUUCACCAUGGUUUGAGCAAACCAUGGUUUAGCGCUCCGUGUCUGUAUUUCUGUGGUGUGCACGGUUUCUGGGAUAUCUGGUGGCACAAUGACUCAUUGCAUUGAGCCCCUACACACGAGUAGGUGCUGACAUUUGAAUUUCACUUGUUGCAGAAAAAAAAAGACUUAGUGGCAGGGAGGAAAAGUGUGGCCCUGCUCUGCUGCCAUAUUUUCAAAAAUUACAUUUAUUCCCUCGCCUGAGCUCUUCCACCACCUCCGUUUUAUUUUCACAACAACCCUGUGAGACAGGUAAGGCUGUCCUCAGAUAACCCAGGGAGUGUCAUGAUUUAGUGCAGAUUCGAACCCUGAUCUCUCAGUUCUUAGUCCAACGCUAGUUACUACACCGCAUUGCCUCUCUUGGAUAGGGCUGUGCCCUGAAUAUGAGCAACAUGUAAACAGCACUACUCGAUAGCAGGGCCGUGAAAUCUGUAGCCCUCCAGAUUUCGCUGGAAUACAACCCACAUCAUCCCUGACCACUGGCCAUGUGGCUACAGAGAAUGCCUUUUCUCUCUUCCCUGUCAACCGAGCCUCUGCCAAAGCAGAGAAGAGCCUCUUCACCAGAUCGUAGGCAGCUGGCAGAUUGGUACGGGGAAUGAAAAGAAUUGGUCUGUAUCUCUUUCUGACUUUUAAUACGAGAGCAAGCUGUACGUUGAACCAGGGGAGGUUGUAAAAUUGCCGCCUGAGCCAGAAAUCGCAUAUUGUGACGACCGCUUUACUUUUCAGUAAGUAGAUGAAUGCCUGGUGGUAAUACUGCCUCCCUCUCCACGAAACUGUUUCUGUUUUCCCAACAGUGACCUAGAUCAGCUCAGGAAAAUCAGGCGGCGAAGCCCCCAUGACGACACAGAGGCUUUCACUGUGUUUUUGAGGACGGAUGUGGAGGCAAAGUAAGAGCGAGUCUGACAACAUUUCCCGGGUUUGGCUAUCCAAAAUAUAUACAGUCGUACCUUGGAUCCCAAACGCCUUGGUACUUGGACGUUUUGGCUCCUGAACGCCGCAAACACUGAAGUGAGUGUUCCGGUUUGCGAAUGUUCUUUUGGAACCUGAACGUCUGACGGGGCUUCUGGGGCUUCUGAUUGGCUGCAAGAGUUCCUGCAGCCAAUCAGAAGCCGUGCUUUGGUUUCCGAACGUUUUGGAAGUUGAAUGGGCUUCCAGAACGGAUUCUGUUCGACUUCCACAGUACGACUGUAUUUAACUUCUAACACUUUCCCAUAUAGAUAUAUAUUACAGUUGGUGGUAGUGCCUUUGCCAUUCCCUCUGUUGCUAGAGGUACCUGGGCUUAGAUGAUUAAGACCUCAUGCCAUAUUACUGUGAGAAAAUUAAUUUCACCAAGAACUUUCAGAAUCAGCAAAGCCUCUCUCUUCAGUUCAGCUUGGGGUGGUGUCAUACUUCCACACCGACCUGCGUUUAAAAUUGCAAGAGGCAGAAAAUGCAAAUUCUUUGCUGUUUCAUUUUUUUUCCAUAGUCAAAAGCUGGCUUCCCUGACUUGGGGCAGAUGGUUUGGUCUGGUUUACUGGCUGGAGCUGAUGAUAGUUGCAGUUCCAAACUACAGGUUGGGGUCAAAAGCAAUAGAAAACAAAGUGUAUUAUUUCAUAAAGGAUCUUUUAACUGUGCUGGAACCCACCCAGAGGGACUGGGGAAAACCCAGCCAGAUGGGCGGGGUAUAAAUAUAAGAACAACAACAACAUAUUAUCAUCAUCGUCAUGCAAGUUAAAUGAAGUUUUUCUCCACUUCCUAUCACUUUCUCUCUUCCUUCCUCCUGGUACAGGUCUUUAGAAGUUUGGGGGAGCCCGGAAGCUCUUGCACGUGAAAGAAAAAGGCGUAAAGAAGCAGAAAUAGAAUACAGAGAGAGUAAGUGUGGAAUACUACCAAAAAUAAAAUAAAAUUAGUGUAACAGUUCUUACUCCUAUAUAGUAUAUUUGAUCAAUGCAUGUUCUGUAAUGUCACCUCUGGGCUUGUGUGUUGUUGUCAUCACGAAUAAUGGGGGUGGACAAAGUCUUGAACAUUUUUAUUUUCAGCUCAGGUUUCAGUUUGGCUGUGAACUAUUUGUGGAAAGUUUUGCAAUGCACCCCCCCCCCCGAGUCUACAUUUGACAGAGCCCAGCAGCCAGUCUCCAUGCCGUACCUCAUGUACAGUGGUGCCUUUGUUCUCCAACUUAAUCCGUUCCGGAAGUCUGUUCCAAAACCAAAGCGUUUGAAAACCAAGGCGCACUUUCCCAUAGAAAGUAAUGCAAAACAGAUCAAUCCAUUCCAGAUUUUUAAAAACAGCCCCUAAAACAGCAAUUUAACAUGACUUUUACUAUCUGUUGAGACCAUUGAUUCACAAAAUGAAAGCAAUAAUCAAUGUACUGUACUAUAAAGCAAAUAAGACAGUAUUGUAGUUGAUAAAAUUUAAAUUAAUCUUUUUUCUUACCUGCACUGAUGAUAGUCAUUGUUUGGAUGGGGGGCUUUUAUCCAUUUCCGCAGUCACACAGUCAAUCAAUCAGUAGCUGAACUGGGUUCCACACAGUCACAAAAACAAAUUAACCGAAAAAGCCUCAAAAACAAAAACGCAACAUAAAUAGCAAAAACAAAAGCGCCAAGCUUAAUCCAUUCCGGAAAUCCGUUCAACUUCCGAAAUGUUCAAAAACCAAGGUGCAGCUUCUGAUUGGUGCAGGCGCCCCGGAAACAACAGCUGACAGCUGCAUCGGAUGUUCAGCUUCCGGAAAAGUUUGAAAACUGGAACACUUGCUUCCGGAUUUUCGGCAUUUGAGAACCAAGGUAUCACUGUACCUGUUUAUCACAUGUUAUAUUUUUACAUGUACUUGUGAAAUGUUUCACAGCUACACCUCGAAAGAGGCAGUGGCGAUGUAGACCGAGCGCAGCAGUGGGCAGGGAGAUUUUAAUGUGUCUUUCCAGCCCAGCACACCCUGAUGGGGAUGUCAGUUGUUCCCUCCCCAGCCAUCAAGUGGCUCCUUUGAGGGGCAAUAGCAACUUCCUCCUCAGGUGAUCUAUGCAGAUUGCCUUGUGUGUGCAAGCGUGGAGUGGCAGACAACCUGUUGCUGGUAUAGCUAAAGGUAAAGGGACCCCUGACCAUUAAGUCCAGUCGUGACCAACUCUGGGGUUGCGGCGCUCAUCUCGCUUUACUGGCCGAGGGAGCCAGCGUACAGCUUCCGGGUCAUGUAGCCAGCAUGACUAAGCCGCUUCUGGCGAACCAGAGCAGCGCCCGGAAACGCCGUUUACCUUCCCACCACAGUGGCACCUAUUUAUCUACUUGCUCUUUAUGUGCUUUUGAACUGGUAGGUUGGCAGGAGCAGGGACCGAGCAACGGGAGCUCGCCCUGUUGCGGGGAUUCGAACUGCCGACCUUCUGAUCAGCAAACCCUAGGCUCUGUGGUUUAACCCACAGCGCCACCUGCGUCCCUGUUGCUGACAUACAAGGCUCCAAAAAGAUGGUCCAGGGUGUGAAUGGUCAAAAGCAGGAAGGAGCCAGCAUGAGCCUCGGAUUCAUGAGCUGCAUUGUUGCUGGGAAGAUGACUCUUGGGAUGGACUUGCCAUGCCAUACCAGCAACAAACUGGUUGGCUUAGCGAGCCAGCUUCAAAACCCAUAAUUCGAAGCUGGCGUGGCUUGAAAUUUACCAGGGUUUCUUUUAAGCCAUGGUGCCUAUUUUGUACAUAACAACAAGCCAGGGUUUAUAGAACAUAGUGCAAAACUCUGCAGAAAUUAUCCACGCCAUACAGGUUGCAGAGGAAGAAGUGGGCUGAGGAGUGUGGCUUGCCCUGAUGCAGAUGCCUUGGGACGCUGCAUAGUUUUGUGUAUUGUAUCAGGAAAAAAAAGGGUCUAUAUUCUGCUGCUCUCUCCACUCACACUGCCCGCUUCAUAAUUAUGUAUCUUUUCAGAUUUGUUUAGAAACCAGAGGUUGUUGAAGGAAUACAAAGAUUUCCUAGGAGAAACUAAGGUGGGUGAAUAAUGUUUUCCAUCUUUGCUGUUCCUUUAUAGGCAGAAGCUGCAGUUUUGUGCAUCUUGUGAUUUUGCAAGAGUACAGAAAAACACACAAUAGCCUGGCGAGCAGGGAUAAGUUGGUUUAGGAUGAGGGUGAAGGUAAAGGUAAAGGGACCCCUGACCAGUGAACCCCCUUGGGAAGCUUCCUCCUCAAUAUAUACAUGAUGAUUAAAGGUAAAGGGACCCCUAACCAUUAGGUCCAGUCGUGACCGACUCUGGGGUUGCGGUGCUCAUCUCGCUUUAUUGGCCGAGGGAGCCGGCGUACAGCUUCCGGGUCACGUGGCCAGCAUGACUAAGCCGCUUCUGGCGAACCAGAGCAAUGCACGGAAACGCUGUUUACCUUCCCGCUGGAGCGGUACCUGUUUAUCUAAUUGCAUUUUGAUGUGCUUUCAAACUGCUAGGUUGGCAGGAGCAGGGACCGAGCAACGGGAGCUCACCCCGUUGCGGGGAUUCAAACUGCCAACCUUCUGAUCAGCAAGUCUUGCUCCACCCCCUCCUCGAGUGCUUUUGCCUCACUGCAAUGUGGCCUUGAGCUGUGAUUAGGCACCAGGUUUAUUUUACAAAGCACAAGUACUCCCCAAAAACUGAGGUGACAGGCACCUCCUUAGAAAGAGCAUUCCUCCUUUCUCUUUCUUUGCAGGAAGGAAUGUCACUUCUAAAAUGCUGUGUUCCUUCAUGAGCAUGAGACUCUUAAUCUCAGGUUGUGGGUUCGAGCCCCAUGUUGGGCUAGAGCUUUCUGUAUUGCAGCGGGUUGGACUAGAUGACCCUUGGGUCCCUUCCAGCUAUAUGAUUCUGUGACUCAUCUAAAAAUAAAGUUAAUCUGUAAAUAAAGCAUGGGUGGGAUAUAAAAUAAAUUCAGUUGUAGAUGCAUUGAGACUUAAUUGAAUAUCCAUAAUUAAUUGCAACUCACACAUAAACUUGCUUUAAAUUUAUUUAACCUGGUUUAUAUCUUGUAGGACUAGCUAUUAUACAGAGGUAGAACUUAGCAUUCUACAUAUAUGGUUUUCCAUAAUGCAAUCAAUGAAUUUUAAACGGUGUACUUGUGUUUAAUUUAGCCACGUUCCAGCACAUCAACUAUGUUUCUGAGUGGACCAGGAAAAGUUGUCAUGGUUGCUAUUUGCAUGUAAGUUUUUAUUUAAUUUUUAGGCAUACAUGUUUCUAGGUUCCGGCAUGCAGAUUAAGGUUAAUUGGUGGUGGUGGUUUUUUUGUUUCAGUUGUGGGUUUUGCAGUCAUAUCCUGGAAAGCAGAAUUUCACUUUUAUAAGGAGAUAUCAGUUAGCAUAUUUGCUAGUAGCAUGCCCAGCUUUAGAUGUACAUUUUAAAAUUUGUGGUCUCCAGUCAAUUUCUACUUCAUGACUGCAAAGUUACCUUGAUCCAUUCUAGCUGUAACUUUCCGCUUGGACAUCAGGGAUGUGUGCUGUAGAUGUGCCCUUCAUCCUUCCCUCUCCAACACAGAUUGGAUCUUUCCAGGGUUUAGCAUUGGUGUCUGCCAACAAGUUCCCCCCCCUCUCCCCCCCCCACACCACCUCAGACCCAUAACUAGCUAUUCUAAGCUUGAUGAUGGGGAAAUCUUGUAAAUACCAUUUGUGGUUAAUGCUGAUGCAGACAUAGUGCUAUACCAUGACGAAAGCAACACAUGAAAGGGAGAGGGAGCUUGCAACAUGCUCCCAGUCCCCUACAUCCAGUUCUGAUGUACUGUUCCCUGUAUCGGCUCCCCCAACCUCAAACUAACCCCGAUAGCCUGGUAAUUUGGACUGUUUAUUCAGUCCCUUCUUUCUCAUAAGAUAAAGGCAGCGAUUAUAGCAUUUUAAUCUUAGUAUGGUGCUUAGAAAACUGUCAACACAUUAUCAAUAAGGAUUCCCCCCCUUUCUCUAUCCCCAGAAAUGGCUUGAAUUUCUUUUUUAAGCUCCUUGCUUGGGUUUACACGGGUUCUGCAAGCAUGUUCUCCGAAGCCAUCCAUUCUUUAGCAGACACUUGCAAUCAAGUGAGUAUUCUCUAUUUUAUUGGCCUUUUCUCUGUCGGACUUAUAUGUUGACCCUUUUGAUCAUCAGCUGCGCUUCCCACUAUAAGUGCAGCGAAGUGUGAAGCGGAAAUGUGUAUUUAUAAAGUGGCCGGGAGACUUGCCAGGAAGUGCAAACGGGCCACGGGUUGCUGGAGCCUGUCCAUUGCAUUUUUGUCUCUGUUUCGCAGUAUUUUGUAUUCCCUGCUACGAACGGUGGUCUAUAUGCAGCGACUACGCUUGCUUUGUCAAGUAUUUAAUAUAAUUUUGUGUCCAGGCCACUUUUCAAAACAGAAAUAUCUUCCAAGGUGUAUGGCAAAACAGAGUGUUUACAAUGAAUCAUAGUAAAACAACUAUUUUAUUCGAAAACCAUUUCAUUCUUCUCCCACAACUGCAUUCAACGUGUGGUUGCUGCACACGAAAGCUUAUACCAAGAACAAACUUAGUUGGUCUCUAAGGUGCUACUGAACAAUUUUUAAAUAUAUUUUGGUUGCUGAAAGAAAAAGAUGAGACACUGGGGGCGGGGCCAAGAACACGACUCCUCCUGUCACUCCCUUAUGCCCUAAAUAGGGAUAGAACGAAUAGGAAAGGGUAACUGAAGAUAGCGGGGAAAACACAAAUCACUGCCUUGCCUUUUCAUAUAUGUUAGUCAAGGCGGGUUGGCUUGCAAAUUUAGAUAAGAACAUCCCUGCAGUUUUAAAUAAUGAAAGACAACCCCAACACCUAAAGCUUUAAGGCUGCAAUGUCAUUCUUUCAAACAAUUGAGAAUUUGAGUUUGUCUUCACAACGUUUUGGUUUAAUUCUCUAUAUGGGUUUGGCCCUUGAAGUAGUGAGGCGUUUGGGUUAGCAGCAGCCUGGCCGAAGCUUUUUUGCGAAUCUACGAACGGUUUCCUUCAGGAUUUCAAGCACACUUUCUUUCGCAGCUAAUCUGCUAUUUACUGGAACGGAGACAUUUGCACACCCGCCAGGGUGGCUUAACAUGUUUUUGUUUGAAACAUUGCGCUUUCUAUUAAAAAAGCAUAGCCUCCUUAGGCUGUAAAAUUAUAAGGCCAGUUCAUUUGGCAUCAUCAGACGUAUUCUAGUGAGCCGCCCAGCUUUCCAACAGUGACUGGUACUGGCACUAUCUGCCAAGCUGCAGGGAGCAAAAUACGCUUGGGCAAAGCCCCUUCACGUCCCAAUUGCUGGUGUGAUGGAUUGCUGUUUUAAAGAGCAUGUGUACUGGAGAGACAUUUCUGUGGCGUCGCACAUGCAUGCUGAGUUUUUUGCUUUUGCUGAGACGUUCUGCCUUGAGCGCAGGUAGAAAUGAGGUUUGUUGAAGCAUCUGGUGGGCUGUGUGGGGCCUCUGGCAAGCGUGUGGUGCAGGCCACCUGUGCCUGCUCUUCUGAAUGAGAUGGAUGUCUUCUUUACGUAGUGACAAAGUAGUGUGCCACCAAUGUUGUUCCUCGAUGCCUUGAAACCACAGUGGUUCACAAUGAACCUACGAGCGUUUUCCUGGUGGGUUUUUGCCAGGUUCUGUUUCAACUAAAAUUUCCUGAUUUCUUCCCCAAACAUUAAAAUUGGUAUUAUUUUGUCUGCAGUAAAUCUGAGUUACUAGAGUGGCAUUCUCUCUCUCUCUUUUAAAAAUAUUUUAUUUUUUGUUUUUUUAAGACAAUAUUCUUAUACAUUCACAUCCUUUUCAAUUUCUACAUUUCUGGGAUUACUCAGAUCCCUUGGAUCCCCCCCCCCCCCCGGUUUCCAAUUUUUCAUUAUUAUUAACAAUAAUCUCCUUUUUUACCUUAAUUCAUAUUACAUUAUAAGUGUCACAACAAUCCUGCUAAUGUUUUUAAUAAUAUAAAGUGGUCUUUAAGAUAGUCUAUAAACUUUUUCCACUCUUGACUGAAUUUCUUGUCAUCUUAUUGCCUGAUCCUCACGGUCAUAUUUGCCAUUUCGGUGUAUAGAGUGGCAUUCUCUGUUUAAUCUUUUUCAAAAACUUUUGAUGAUUUUGAAAUUGUCCACUUCUGCUUUCUUUUCAUAUCCAGGCUUUACUAGCAUUGGGAAUCAGUCAGUCGGUGAGGACGCCAGAUCCCAGUCAUCCGUAUGUUGUCUUUUUUCCUUUUUAGUUUUAAAAGUCCCUAACUUCUAAAGUAGUUUAGAAUGUCUUUCGAAGCCCAAAUCGGACACCUUUUCAAUGUUUCCAACUUAACGUUGCGACGUAUCGCUGCCUACGUUCAGGUUCCAGGUCUGAUGAAAACAGCUGGUAGUUUGGGCUUUUCACAUGUAAGGUCAGUUUUGUCCAUGUGCUCCUUUCUUUGGCACCUGCCAAUACUGGAAAGCGAUUUGUGGCAAAUGACAAGUUCUAAUGUAUUGUGUUUCAAUGAUGGACUACAGUCUUUGAGGUUUUCCAUUUAGGUUGUGUUAGCUUUUGUAUAAUAAUAAUAAUUAAUAAUAAUAAUAAUAUUAUAAUAUUAAUAAUAAUUUAUUAUUUAUACCCCGCCCAUCUGGCUGAGUUUCCUCAGCCACUCUGGGCGGCUCCCAAUCAAGUAUUAAAAACAAUACAGCAUUAAAUAUUAAAAACUUCCCUAAACAGGGCUGUCUUCAGAUGUCUUUUAAAAAUAGGAUAGCUGCUUAUUUCCUUCACAUCUGAAGGGAGGGCGUUCCACAGGGUGGGCACCACUACUGAGAAGGCCCUCUGUCUAGUUCCCUGUAACCUCACUUCUCGCAAUGAGGGAAUCACCAGAAGGCCCUCGGCGCUGGAUCUCAGUGUCUGGGCAGAACGAUGGGGGUGGAGAUGUUCUUUCAGGUAUACAGGACCGAGGCCAUUUAGGGCUUUAAAGGUCAGCACCAAGACUUUGAAUUGUGCUCGGAAACGUACUGGGAGCCAAUGCAGAUCUCUCAGGACCGGUGUUAUGUGGUCCCGGUGGCAACUCCCAGUCACCAGUUUAGCUGGUGGAUUAAUUCUGGAUUAAUUCUAAUUCUGGAUUAAUUGCAGUUUCUGGGUCACCUUCAAAGGUAGCCCCACAUAGAGUGCAUUGCAGUAGUCCAAGCAGGAGAUAACUAGAGCAUGCACCACUCUGGCGAGACAGUCCGCGGGCAGGUAGGGUAUUAGCCUGCGUACCAGGUGGAGCUGGUAUACAGCCGCCCUGGACACAGAAUUAACCUGCGCCUCCAUGGACAGCUGUGAGUCCAGACUGACUCCCAGGCUGCGCACCUGGUCCUUCAGGGGCACAGUUACCCCAUUCAGGACCAGGGAAUACCCCACACCCCACUUAAUUAGGGUUUUGUUUUUGUUUUUUUAAACACCCGCAAAAUACAUGAGAGCCGAUACGAUUUUUAGCUACCCAGUGGGCUCCAAAACAUGGGGAGACAUCAGGUUUCUGCUUUUUCUUGUAAGACAGGGACAGACAGCCACGUUGCUUUCAAGGCUGAUAUAUGACAGCAGGUAAUCAGGGGGUCCCAUACCGCAGGGCAAGCCAGACCCAGCAGUGGGCAAGUCCUUUGCUGGAGUCCAUCGCAUAUCUAUUUACAUACACGUUUUAACACAGAAAUGCGCACACAGGCACACACCUUCCUCUCCUGUGCAUGUACACACAAACUCGCCCUCCCCCUUUCUUGCACAGACACACUCUUUAGCCUCCACAGCGACUGUGAUGCAGCCAAGAUUACUGAGAAUGGCAUCACGGAAAUAGUGGUUUUGGGUGCGUUGGUGUCCGGGACUGGGCAGAGGAGGAAUGGUGCAUUUUAAAUAAAAGGGCACAUUCUUCUCAUGUAAAAACACACUGAUUCCCCGACCAUCCGCUGGCCGGAAUUAAAAGGCGAUUGGGCUGGAUCCGGCCCCUGGGCCUUUGUUUGCCUACCCAUGCCCUAGAGAGCUGGCUGCUUUUCAGUAUAGAUACAGUCCAGACUUAGGUUGACCCAACGGUCUGACUCCAUACAAAGGAAUUUUGUACGCAAAUAUUGCAUGCGCUCUCUCUCUCUCUCUCUCUCUCCUCCCGCUCCCAAAUCUCCAUCCAGAUAUGGCUUCACAAACAUGCGCUACAUUGCAUCCCUGAUCAGUGGCGUUGGCAUUUUCAUGAUGGGCGCAGGGCUCUCAUGGUAUCACGGCAUCAUAGGUCUGAUGAAUCCUCAGCCCAUAGAAUCUCUUCUUUGGGUGAGUUGUCAUUGUCUUUUGAAAAUUACAAUGCUUUAGUGAAGUUUAAUAUCGUUAGCCCGCUGUGCUAGCAGAACAGCAGCGUUGGACACAGACAGUGGGUAGUUUUUGUGGAGCUUGCCUUGCUGUGCUUGAUAACUUCUUUUAUUUUGGGGGGGAAGGCAGGGGAAUGGGUAAACUGGCAGCAUUUGGGCUGCAGAAAAAGCAAUCCAUCUUGGUCUUGAAGUAAGUAUUGCAAGAAGUAGGGCAUGUUUUCAGGCUGUAAAGACAGAGACCACGCCUUACUGCUAGGUCUCCUCUUUUUUUUGAUGCAAUAAAAUUUUGAUUUUGGAUGCAAUAUGUCAGUAGUGUUGCAUAUUAUGGUAUGCCUGAGUUACGUGUGCUUCAAAACUAGGAAGUCACUACUGCUACAGAGUAUCACCAUAGUCAUAGUCUGACCAGUUUGGCAAAACACAGUCCUGGCCCUUAGCCUAUGAGUCAGGAGACUAGAGUGCUUCUUGAGAUUACUACAAUUUUAAUAUUUUGGCUCUUCUGCUUCAGUCUUGUCUCACAAUAUAGGAAGUUGUUUUUUAUUCCUGAAAAAAACACCAAACUACUGUUUCCCCCCAAGGCAUUCUACUGUAUAACUACAUUCUCCCCUAUUACUUCUAGGCUUAUUGUAUUUUAGCAGGCUCACUGGUGUCUGAAGGAGGUAUGUAUUCCAGUGGGAAAAUGCAUUAUUACUUUGCCAUUACUUUGCUGAUGCAUUAAUAGUUUUUUAAAGGCUUGAACUUGCUCCUAAGUGAGCAUACAAAAUUAAGCAUAUAACAUUUCAAGCUACAGUGGUGCCCCGCAAGACGAAUGCCUCGCAAGACGGAAAAACCGCUAGACGAAAGGGUUUUCCGUUUUUGAGUUGCUUCGCAGGACGAAUUUCCCUAUGGGCUUGCUUCGCAAGACGAAAAUGUCUUGCGAGUCUUGAGAUUUUUUUCCGCUUUCCCCCCCCUUUAUCUAAUCUGCUAAGCCUUUAAUAGCCUUUAAUAGCCUUUUAGCAGCUAAUCCCCUAAGCCUUUAAGCCUUUAAUAGCCGCUAAACCGCUAAUAGCGCUAAUCCGUUAAGCCGCUAAUAGGGUUGCUUCGCAAGACGAAAAAGCCUCUAGACGAAGACUCUCGCGGAACGGAUUAAUUUCGUCUUGCGAGGCACCACUGUAUUAUAGUUUAACUCUUUAGCAUGCAAAUCUAAAGUGCUCUGUGUGUGUGUGUGUGUGUGUGUGUGUGUGUUUGUGUGUGUGUGUUUGUGUGUUUGUGUGUCCUAGGGGAUGAAACUCCUGCUUGCCUCACCCACCUAACUUCUGACACGGAGGGCGUUUUUUAAAUCUAUAAAUAAAACUUGUGAUUUGGCAUCUAGGUGUGCUGAUCAAAUCACUUAAGUUAAAGAACUUGAUGCAAAGAAACGCACAGCUGGUGCUGUGAGAGGGGAUUUUUGUUGAUGGGCUUCUCGGAUUGCACAGCAAACAUCUUUUGAAAGAGACCAGAUGAAAAAAGCAAGUCUCUGAUAUUGGCAUGGAAAUCUGCAAUUCAGAGGAAUAAAGAAGGGUGGUUUCCCCCAAAUUCUUAGGCUCAUCUCAAGUCGGCCUUCAAGUCACAAGCAAGAAUUGGAUAUAGAACCUUAGUUGCAGGCAGUUAAGCCAAUCUGAACUGGAUAUCUUAACUCACUUAGUCUAGAGCAGUGGUUCCCCAACUCCCCCCUCAUUUGAAAGUUUGCUGAUAGUGGACCACUUAAUUAUUAUUAUUCGCCUGUUGAAGCAAUUGCAGUGCACUGUAUGCUGUAUGAUUUUUACUCAUGUUUCCAUUGCUUCUUUUAUUUCUUAUAUUGUAUUUUCUUUGCUGUUUUACCCGAUAUCAUUGUCUUUUCAUCAGGAGUUGAAAUGUUUCCCUUGUGUUCUUUCUCUUACUGAAACAAUUAUUUCACUGCUUUUAUUCCAGCUACUCUUCUUGUAGCUAUAAAUGAAAUUCGAAGGAGCGCUCGAGCCAGAGAUGUAUCCUUCUACCAAUAUGGUAUGUAACAUGAAAUGAAUUUACUCAUUUUGUAAAACAUAGCAAGAAGCUGUUCUGGUUUUGUUUUUACUUAUUUUGAAUUUGUACAGCUUAAUGUCUCCUGUAUUGUUCAUAAAUGGGAAGAAAAGCCUUUUCGUUCAUUAGUGCUUCCUGAAAUUUGUUGCUACCAAGGAAAUAAUAACUACUGAACUCUGAGAUGUCCGUAGAAUCAUAUUUUAAAACAUUAUCAACAUUUAACUCUACUUUGCAGCAAACACUUUAUUAAAAGCUUUGGCAAGUUUUCAUUUGUUUAACUCUUGUGUGGCUACGUCAGUGCCUCACUGUUGCACCCAUGUUCAAUCUUCAGUUAUGCAGGCUCGUGAUCCCAGCACAAAUGUUGUGUUGUUAGAAGAUACCGCAGCAGUUCUGGGUGUGACGUUAGCUGCUACUUGUAUGGGUCUGACUUCUCUCACAGGUAAGCCUUUCUAUAAGUUUGAGUCCUGGCAGAAUUUUCUUCUAACUUGCAAGUAGGGCAAGUUAGAAGAAGCUAAUCUUCUUCUAAGGCAAUUGGCAAAAAACCCCCAGUAAUAGUCAAGUGCUUAAAACAAACUGAGGAUAAGUAGACAAAACUUUCUUGGACUGGAGUGCUGCAGGUUGGAGAUUUGAAUCCUGCUUCUGUAAAACCCUUGCACAUAGAAAAAUUGUACGUUGGGGGUCAAGGCUAGUCUAGAACCCCACUGAUCUUGUGCAAUCUUCUAACAGCAUGCUAGUUUUGCUCUUCCAUUCUCAUGCAUUUUUCCUUUUUUGUCAUGACUUUUAGACUGUAAGUCUGUGGGCAGGGACUAUCUUGGCUGUGUAUGUGUUUUUAAGCAUGAUUAUUGAUCAUGAUUAAUACAACUUUUUCUCCCUAACAAUAAUAAUAAUAAUAAUAAUAAUUUAUUUAUACCCCGCCCAUCUGGCUGGGCUUCCCCAGCCACUCUGGGCGGCUUCCAACCAAAUAUUAAAAUACAGUAAUACAUCAAACAUUAAAUGCUUCCCUAAACAGGGCUUCCUUCAGAUGUCUUCUAAAUGUUUGGUAGUUGUUGUUCUCUUUGACAUCUGGUGGGAGGGUGUUCCGCAGGGCGGGUGCCACUACCGAGAAGGCCCUCUGCCUGGUUCCCUGUAACUUGGCUUCUUGCAGUGAGGGAACUGCCAGAAGGCCCUCGGCGCUGGACCUCAGGGUCCGGGCUGAAUGAUGGGGGUGGAGAUGCUCCAAAGAGCGGGUUAGAGCAAUGUUAAUUAAAUGGAGACCUUAAUUGGCCAUUUCUGCUUCUAUCUACCUUAACUCCCUCCUCACUCUUCUGGUUAGUGAUGACUUCUAUAUGUAUGAAUUGCAUAAUACUGUAACUUAUAUUCGUUGCUCUUGUCCCAUCCAUUACGUGGCGUUGGGAGCAAGCCAGCAGUAAAUCACACUGUGCAAGUUGGAGUUAACUUUUUUUUAGCAAGAAUGCAGUCUGCACAGACUUGUUGGGGUGUCAGGUCUAAUGACCACGGAAGCUCAUCCCCAGUAGGUCUGGCCCCUACUGGGCAAGUAGGAUCAGUUGCUGAGAGUGAAAGUCCCCACCUCCACACAGCCAUCUAAGUUCCCUCCUCUCCAGGGUUUCCUCCAAGCAAUUGGAGACUGUGCCUGUAUGAAGCCAACCUCUCCUCCACCCAUUUCAUGACUCUUCUGGUCCUGGGAGAUAAGUGGGGAGGGGAGCUUGUUGCAGACACCUGUGAGUCUUCACCAGCCAGACUCCCCUCUGCCUCUUGGCCUCCCUCCUCCUCUGCUUCAGCUUCUGCCUCUGGUUCUGGGCUCCUCUCUGCCACAUACUCUCCCAGCUCACUAAGCCCUGUUGCCUCUUCAGCUUCCAGUACCUCUUCCCUCCCCAGUCUUUUCCCUCUGCCCACUCAUCGUUCUCCCGCCACUAGUCCCCGGGCUCUGAGCCAUAGCUGUCAACGUUUCCCUUUUUUUAAGGGAAAUUCCCUUAUUCCGAAUAGGAUUCCUCACAAGAAAAGGGAAAAGUUGACAGCUAUGCUCUAAGCCUUCUUGCCUUGGUGUUUCCCCAGCUAGUUCUUCCCAUCAUUCCUCUGCACCCAGCCAAUCAUAGCUGUCAACUUAUAGAUUUGAAAAUAAGGAACCAGCAGCCUCAAAAAUAAGGGGUCAGCAGCCAAAAUAAGGGAUUUUCCAAGCACAGGUAUGUUCAACCUCUGAGCUCCUCCAAGCCAAAGGCAGAAAGCCCAGCCAGCAGCCAAAUGAAGCCUCAAGUGGUGGUUCCCACAGCGCAGCAAUCUGGCAAAGGGGAUGCAACAAGGAAAGCCACCGUUUCCUCUCCGCUGGGAAGCGCUGAGCAAAGGCGAGUCCCCAGGCAAUGCGGCCGAUGUGAUUGGCACAAGGCAUGCUAGCUCCACCUCCCAGUCGUUCUUAGGCUCCUUAUUGGGUGAGCAACGCAGCCAAGCAACACAGCUGGAGCCUCCCUCCUCCCUGGCUGGCAGGGAGGGAGGGAGAGGAGCUGCUUCCUUUGAAACCCGGGAAAUUUAAGGGACAUCAUCAAUAAGGGACAGCAGCGGGACACAGCACUGGGAUAAGGGACUUUCCCGCCAAAUAAGGGACGGUUGACAGCUAUGCAACCAAUCCACGACAUCAGGUUACGUAGCGAAAAGUGUGAGCGCAGCAUAGUGUGGCUAGCUUCAUCCUAAGUGAUCAUCUCCACCAAGAGAAAUGGAGAAGGCACACAACAGCAAUCCCUUUUGAGAAAUGAAUUUGUGUCUGUGUGUAUCCUUUCAGGUAACCCAUACUACGACAGCCUGGGGUCCCUUGGUGUGGGGACACUGCUGGGAGCUGUAUCAGCCUUCCUUAUUUACACCAACACUGAAGCUCUGCUGGGAAGAUCCAUCCAACCUGACCAGCUACAGAAACUUACAGAGUUACUGGAAAGUGAUCCUGCUGUAAGGUAAGAGAGUUGGGUGGGGAAGGACCUCUUUGAUGGCAAAACCCAUCGACAAUAAAGAGCAUGCAAUGGGUGGAAUGAUGAGUUCUUCUUUCAAGUUAACUUUGGAAUUUAUUUAUUUUUAUGGGAAGAAAGUCAGUUUUGGGUCAUGUGGCCGUUUGCUUGGGCAGCUCGAAACACCUAAUUGUUUUUGCUUUGUCCCACCACAUCCUACAAAAUAUUUAUCUCAGAGCCAUUCAUGAUGUUAAAGCCACAGAUAUGGGAAUGAGUAAAGUGAGAUUCAAAGCAGAAGUCGACUUUGAUGGACGGGUUGUUACUCGGUCUUACCUGGAGAAACAAGACAUUGAACAGCUGCUACAAGUAUGCAUAAAUACGCGUGGUUGUUUUCAGUAGUUUUUCUUAAGUGCACUUAAAAAACCCCAAAUCAGUGGUGUAUGUACUUUGUAUUUAUACACAAUUCCUCUAUAAAGUUUAUAGGCUGUAUACAAAUGUGCCUUAUGGGCUUUCAAGUGGAAACCUGGCGUAGAACUCUUUUGACAAGUACAGUGGAACCUCGGUUUUUGAAUGUAAUCUGUUCCACAAGACCGUUCGACUUCCAAAACAUUCGAAAACUGAAAGCAGAAGCCUCAGUACAAAUAGGGAAACUCAAAAUGGAAGCUGCGUGGCAUGUUCAGCUUCCUAAAAUCGUUCAAAAACUGAAGCAGUUACUUCUGGGUUGUUGGCGUUCGAAAGCCGAAAUGUUUGUCAACAGAGACGUUUGACAACCAAGGUUCCACUGUAAAUACAACAGGGAAUUAUUCACAAUGUAGCUUUACUUCACAGCUCACAACAACAUAAAUGAGGAAUUGUUUAAUCCUACGUUAAUAAGAAGGGUAUUAUUUUUUGGCUGAGCUGAUGUGAUGCCUUAGAAUGUUCACAGACAUUCAGCUCUAGGAAAGUUAAAACAAAUGGAAUGUAAAAGGCUAACUUUUGCCUGGAUCGUGUCCUUUGUAUUUAGUUAUGCUCUGAUAAUUCAGUUUUUAACAUGGUAUGGUUUUCAUUACCAUAAAACUUAUCCUUUUUUGUGUGUGUGUGUUUUUAAAAGGAAGCCCUGUUAACUUCUAAGAAGUGUGUUCUUAAAAAUGAAGGAUAUUGUAAACGGUGUAUAAUAAUGGGGUCUACUUGUAACAUCUAGUUAAACAGAAAGCUGUGCUCAGCUAAUUCAUAUUCUGCACAGAGGAUUCUGCAGCCUGAGUGAGUAGUGCAGUUUAAGCAAGUUUGUGUUCCUCUUCUUAGUGGUUGUAAGCAUGUUUCUGCAUUUCUGGAGAAGGACAGCAAGCUGCCCAUGCUUUAUCAUCUCCCUACCAAAAGUUCAAAUAAAAUUCUGGCUUUGGAGAUUUCACCAGGCGAUGCCUGUAGACUUUGAAGCUUAACCUUGCACCUGUAAGCAUUAGAAACCUGCUUUUUUAAAAAAAUAAAUAAAAGCCUGAGAUUCUCAAGGGUCCUUAGCUCUGUGGAUUUUCUGCACCUGCUCACAAACUUGGAAUACACAUAACAUGAAUAUAGCCAGUUAAUAGAUAUCACUGCCUGCUGACAGUCCAGUUCUGUGCCAACACUGAGUUUAAGCAGUUAGUGAAAAUAGGUUCAUGCUCCCAUUUUUUGAGGCAUGGCAUGAUUCGUUACAUGAAAAAGUCUUUGCGUUUACAAGAUAGGAAAGCAUAUUUGUUAUUUCCCCCUUGCCACUUUUUAAAGCUUGCUUGCUUAACUUCACGGCAGGAAAUCCAGCAGGUGACAACUCCUGAAGAAUUAGAGAAUUUCAUGCUGAAACAUGGCGAAAAUAUAAUUGACACGCUAGGGGCAGAAGUCGACCGGCUUGAGAAGGAGCUGAAGGUAAGAGUUUGGCUGCCAAACCAGCCUUGGUGGAAAAUGCUCUCCUUCUGUAAUUGAGGCUCUGUUAGGCUAAUAGGCCCAUUUCAGGUUCACGGGUGGUUAAAACGUUGUAAACAAAGACCCAGAGCAGGGAUGGGAACCCUGUUUCUGCCCAGGGGCUAACUUUCCCUUAUGGACAACAUUCUGGGGGCCGCACAUCGGUGGUGGGCCAGAUGCAAAAGCAAGCUACCGUAUUUUUCGCUCCACAAGGUGCACCUGACCAUAAGGCGCACCUACUUUUUUUUAGGGGGGGAAUUCAAGGGGGGAAAAUUCUUUAAAGGGAGCACUGAGCAGAGCCUGUAUGCAUCCCAGGCUCUGCUCAGCGCUCCCUUUCAUGAGCCGCGUGGAGCGUGUGUGCGGCGCUUGCGGCUUUUCCCCAUGGAGGGAAAAGGGCAGCCCUCCUCGGGGAAAAGCCCCCAAGAGCCACACACACACUCCGCGCAGCUCUUUAAAGGGAGCAUGGCUCUUUGGGGCUUUUGCGGGAGGUGAGAGAGCCUUGCUCUGUCCCUUCCCCCACAUCCCGCAAAAGCCAGGGAUAGCCACACGAAGCCUCCCCAGGGCAGCAGGAUGAAGGCUCCCCGCUGCCCUGCGGAGGCUUCGCGGGCUACCCCAGAGCUGCUCAGGAGCUUGUCGGGGCUGGCGGGGGAAGCCCGGGUUCUCCCCCGCCCCCCAGCCCCAAGGACCACACAUUCGCUCCAUAAGACGCACAGACAUUUCCCCUUAGAUUUUAAGAGGAAAAAAGUGCGUCUUAUGGAGCGAUAAAUACAGUAGUUGCCCUACCUCCAAAAGCCAGGCAAAGAAAGAUGCAUGAUCAAAGUUCAGGGACACCUUCCAGCCAGGCAGAGAGUACAGAGAUGGUGUGUGGCCUGGGAAGAGCCCUAAGGUACAGAAUGAGAGAGGCCCAGAGGCUGGAGGUUCCCCAUGACUGGCCUCAAGGCUCUUGUCUUGGCUUCUCUGGCCACCUCAUUUUGGGAACAGCCUCCUGAAGAAGCCCCACUGCGAUGGAAGGAAACACUUCAGAAGAAGUAGCUGAGGAUGCCUACAUCAAGAAUUUGUUGUUCACGUUCAUGGGGGCUUUAGUUUAGAUUCCCUUCCAACUCUUCUAUGAUUCUACUUGCCCAGAAAUGUAAUCAGCAAGUCCACGAGGACAAAAGUGGAGCAGUGAGUUGAGUGUUGAAUUUGGAAGGGGAAGACCUGGAUUCAGGUCCCUGCUCAGUUGUGGAAUGUGUUAUAUGGCCUCUGGUCAGUUGUUAUCUCUUCACCUCGCAGGCAGUUUUUCAUGGUAAUGUGAGUGUCCAAGAAGACCAUGGAAAGCACCCUGAGCUUCUCAGAGACAGGAUGGAAUAAUAAAAUAUUAAAUCCGAAUGAUUUAUUUUGCAUGUGCUCAGUACUGAUCACACGCUUCUUCCAGGGAGCUCGGGACCGUGUACAUGGGAUUCUCCCUUUUUAUCCUCUCCUCAGCCUGGGGAGGUGAAUCACUCCAGGCUGCCAAGAGAGCCUCUGAGCAGAGCUCUGAACUCGGGUCCUUGCCUCAACUCAAAUCCAAGAUUUGAUCCAUGGUGCGGUGUUGACAUUCUUCCCACGUGCUUGUUUAAAAGCAUUAUGGUUUUCGUUUCAGAAAUUGAAUCCUGAGGUGCGCCACGUGGAUCUGGAAAUACUGUAGUCUUCACGGAAGCAGCUUUUAAAGUCUUCCGGAUCGGCCGAACUGAGGAACGGAGCAGCAUCUGAAACUGCCGGGAUCUCAAAAGAUGUCAUCACAUUUCAGCUUUCCGAUUCUCUCAGUGCUGGUUUUCCUCCCAGAGUGAACGGCUUCCUUUGAACUGGUUUUCCAGGACAGCUGGUUGCCGCGUGAAAGCGUAGCGGGGAGGAAUAUUUGGGACUAGAAACUUUUAAUUUAAAUAAGUUAUUGAAAUGUCAGUUUCUGAAAAUGCACACUAUAUAUUUGCUGCCCUAGACCAAGGUUUUGUAUCUCAUUUGCACAUUAGCUCUGAUGCAGCUGCUAUUCUUAAGCGUAUAUUAGAGUUCUAUGCCCAAUUUUAAAGGCUUCGCCCCUCCUUGAGUCAAAUGGCUGUGUUCCAAUUCUGUAGCCUUCUCUGACUUUUCAUGUUAUGAACGUAAUGAGAAUUCUGUCCUUUCCCCCAGUAUCAUGAGCUGGUAACCUUCCUCCUUGUAGUGUUUUGAUGGUUCUUGACAAUUUGAUCAGACCCACUUGAGUGAUCCAAUUCGUUGUUCUAGAGCAAACGUGCAGAGAGUGUAUGAGUAAAUAGAAACUUGUCAUAUGGCUCCUUCCUUACAUUAGCGUUGUGGUCCAAUAGUUGCUCCCAGCAAAGCCUGCAAAUAUUCUACCCGUGAAAUCGGGGGAAAUGGCAUUGUUUCGUAGCCACUGCUGUGUUGCGUCUCCCUAAUAGUUCAGUCUAAUCCCCUGGAUGAAAGUUGCAGGUUUCACUUGGAAUGGUGUGGGGGGCAAUUGUGGGGUGGCAUCACCUUCUAUUCAGAAUCUUAGGGUGGUAUUGUUUUAUUAUCCAUCUGAAAUGGAACAUUUAGCAUGCUCUAAAAUGCAUUGAGGCUAUUUAUAAAGAGGCUCCAUAAUCCAAACAACUUGUGCAACCAAUUCCAUACACCUAGGAUGACUUGUGUUUCUUAAACAGCAAACUGUUUUCAAAACAGAGGGUAGUUUAUAUAUAUAUAUAUAUAUAUAUAACAGCUCCACAAUAAUUUAAUGCCUCUGCUUUUUGAAGAAGAAGAGACAGUCCAAAAUCCCUCUAGAACAGCACGAAGCAGAAUUGGAAGCAACCAUUUGGAUUCCAGCCAGAAUAUUUAUUUAUAACUUGCACUGCUUAUGUCGCUCUGAAUGGCAGGCUAUGGUUUAUAACAUGAAACUUCUCGUCUGUGGGGAAUAAAACAGUGACAGUUCACUUAAACGUAGAAAGUUCAGUACUGGGGCUUUGAAUAUUGUUUGCAGUGGGAGCCAGGAAGAAGCAGGAAUCCAGAUUGUAAACUCUUGAGGCUGGAUGACAAUCCUGGCACUAUUUAACUUGGACAAAUUUUGUAAAAGUCAGAGGAAAUGUACUCUGAAGGUAAGUGGUAUAAGAGGACUGUAACCUUUAUCGUUAGCAGAGGCUAAAACUGAACAUGAAUCAUGCAGGUUUGGGGCUGGUUCACACAGACAUAUAUUCAGCACUCAGUGUGUAAGCUGACUUUCUUGCUAGGUAAUGUCAUGCAAUUUUAUCCAUCUUUAGUCCUGGAUCUGUGAUGACUUUUAUAGAAAUGUGUCACCAUUUGAUGUCUGCAAAUGUGAUGUGCACACAUGUGCCAGCCAGCGAAACUUCAGUGGUAAAGUUGCGUUGUAAGGGAGGUACUUUUAAAAAAUAAGGAGUUGCUUAUUGGAAUGACUUUGGCCUGAAGGCUGAAUCCCCAGAUUCAGUGGCCUUGAUAGUGCCGUGGAACAACAAUACAUAAACCUGCUGUGCAAAGCAAGAUAUAUGGAUAAUAAUAAUUUUUAAAACAACUGUGCUGGAGACUAAAAUGGAUCAGCAUUGGCUUAAUUUCUAAAUUUAAAAUGUUGCAUUUUAAAGUAAACGCAACUUAUGCCAAUAAAGGCCAAUAACAAAAGUAAAUGUAACUUUGAACUAGCAGGCCUCUUGACAACAUGAAAAUUAACAACAGCAUGCAUUUUUAUGGUACUGUUUGGAUUUUAGGUUUCAGAAAUGUACAUAUUGUAAUUAGUACGUAAUGAUAACUUUAUUACAUAAAUUUAGAAGUAAAGGCGCUCUUUGGUUUUUUAAAAUCUUGAUUUCUCAAGGGCAAUUUCUUAGUAAAUGCUUAAUUGCAGCUGAGGGUCCUCCUCACCCCCAAACUAUAUUAUGGGCAACCUGUUUUUCAAUCAUUUGCACUUCAAACAGGCAUCUUCCAGCAUACAGGGAGCUUCUCUACACACACCUCUGGUAGAAGCAAAGGUUAAAGAGGUAUGCACAUUAAAACAGAGAUGUAACAUUCCGUUACGUAUGCACAUCUAUUGCAUGGUUCUGUCUGCUGAGAGCAUCUUAUGGAUCAAGAGAAGUAUAGGGACAUUAAUUUCAAGGGGAGCUUUGUUUCCUUGCAAAGUGUGCUUCGGGUGGGUUUGCAAAUGGUCACUCACUUGGUUACACAUGGCAAGUAGGAAUCUCCUCUAGGCAAAUGGGCAGGGAAACUUAAAAGAAGCUGUUUGUUUUGGGUUCCAAGCUUCCAAGUAAUUGGAGGCAGACCAGGAUGAAUUGUCUGGGCUUCUACCCUUUGCAGACUUACUUGCAAGGCUGGCUUUAGACUUCAUACUAGAUUAAUAAUACAGUUACAAAUGCGUUUGUUGAAAAUGUAACUUAGUGCUCUGUUUAAAGGUAAGGUGUAAAUAUCUGUAUAAACUUUAAUAGGCAGCGAAUUCUCAUUUGUAGUGCACUUUGAUCUCAUCAGUAGUGGCCUUUCCUUUAAUCUCCUGCUGGCGAGUGGUCUUCUCCUGAGCUUGUGAACCUGGUGCCCUCUAGAUAUUUUGAACUGCAUUGGCUCCAGCCAGCACAGCAUGUUCUGAUCUGUAAAGGUUGGUUCUUCAGCAGUUCUCCAAGUGUGGGGCAGGUCGUUCUUAGUGAUAUGCCUGAGCAAGGGUGUAAAAAGUGCCUGGGAGGGGAUAGGAUUGGGAAGCAGUUAGAGCAGGGUUUCCCAAACUUGGGUCUGCAACUGUUUUUGGACUACGGUUCCCAUUAUCCCUGACCACUGGUUGUGCUAGAUAGGGUUGAUGGGAGUUGUAGACCAAAACCAGCUGGAGACCCAAGUUUGGGAAACCCCUGAGCUAGAGUGUCCUCCUUGCAUAGGCCAAGACUAGAGUGGGCUGAAUAGCUGUUGAGAUGAGGGCCACCCUUGACUCUCAUUGGGAUUAUGGGAUAAAUGCUCCUCUCUUGUCUCAACAUCUCAACCUGCCUUGGGAAGAAGAGAGUCUGCUUGGGUAGAAGUGUCCCUGCUCAUUCUAUCCCUAUUCUAAUCUGUUGGGUAAAGAUUCCACUCCACAAAUCCUUGCUUGCAGUAAAAAGUUGCACACAACUGCAUUUAGGUAUCUGCACAUGCCUCACCGUGGAAGAGAUUGUUGAUGUAGUACUGACAUCUGAAUGAAACAAACAAUAAGGGGGAAACCCUCUGAUAUUUGUGAACAGCAAUCUUCUGAUGGUCAUGCGUCUCAUGUCCAAAUCACUGUGAAAUAGAAGUUUGCACAUAUAUUUUUUUUGCAAAUGCUGAGCAGUCAUGAUACUGGCAAUCCACUUUUCAUGGAAUUAAUUGUGUGCCGGCAUAAUAAUUGAAAGAAUGUUUAAUUGGGAUUCUCUUGAGUUGUCGUUCUUUAUGAUGCACAAUGAGCACUGGCCCAAGAUCUACAGAAUAUUUUUUUAUAGACUGUACGCAGAACUAGGGUUGUAUUUGGUACUCGUAUGUUUGUCUUGUGCUUUGUGGUCUUAGCUCUUUGAGCUGUUAAGGUGUGGCCCUUUUUGCCUACCUUUUUAUUGAUGCCAUGGAUGGUUCUGAUGUUGCAGAGCAAGCAAGGCUAACCUGUGGUCCUCUAGAUGUCGCGGAAUGCCAACACGCACCAUCCCCUGCCGGCGUGGCCAAUAGUAAGGGAUGAAGGGGGCUGUAAUCCAACAACGUCUGGAGAACCACACAUUCCGCAUCUCUGUUAUAGAAGCCUGAAGAGCCUUGGGUUAGGCAGCAGAAUGUCAAGUGGGGUAAUGGCGGAACCUGAGAAUUGGAAUCCUGAAGGCCAUGAUCAAACGCAGCUAAACAGCAUAAAUACUGGCUCAAUGCCAUGAGUUUUUGAAUGACACCUUGUGAGCAGUUCUGGAGAUUUUGGAUGGAUGAUACCUGAAAUUUUUGAUACUGCACGUCACAGCGUAAUUUCUCUUUCCUGGGUAUAAUAUUUUAACAAGAUAUUUCCGAACCGUCUGUGAAAACCGUUAACGCCCGUUUUCGUGCGGUAUUGUAGUUAGUAUAGUUAACUAGAUUGGCAAGUUUUUGUGCUUUUGGUUUGAAAACAACAACAGAGAGUCCUGUGGCACUUUAAAACACAUUAUUAUAAUGGCUUACCAUUUCAUGGACUCUAGUCCACUUCACACAUUUUUGGUUUGCUUUCAUGAAUGCAUUUGAUGUGGUUUCUAUGCAAAAGUAUUUUAUAAAGACACACCUUGAUUUUUCUUUUUCUCCCAUCUGUGUACCAAUCAUGGCAGCCAGACCAAAUUUCAGGAUAUGUAUUUAUGUUUUUUAGCCAAACAAGCUUCAUUUGGUGUACUGAAGACAUGGAAUAAAAUGGUGAAUCUGCAGAUAUAUUUUUAAUGUUGUAAAAUCGACCGCUGAUGAAGUCUGAUGUGCUUGACACCUGCAUUUACAGAACUCCCGUUCAUUUUCCAAGGGGUUGCAUUGAGUGUAGUUGUGCCGUACUUGUGACAGUGAGUUUGGACAGCAUUGCACAGUAUUUCUGAGCUGAAUUUGGGGGAAACCUAGAUUUGCACCUAUACAGAUAAAAAUUAGCAUGUACACAUUUUAUGCAGACCUGGGAAUAACUAAGGGGUUAACUUUCUGGAUCAAAUAAGUCCCCUCGGAUCAGUCUCUUGACCUGUCCCUCCCUGGUAUCUUUCAAAUGGCAUUAUGUUAAGCUUGCUUUUGCUUCCAGCUGAUUCUUUUCUGCACCAUUUUCUUCCUAUGUCUUGAUUGCCUCUGUGCUAUAAACAACUCAGGGUUCCCCAUUUUGACUUGUGUGACCUUGGAGGGAUCCCACUUGGCCUUUGUCAAGCCCUAGAUAUCUCAGAAGCACCCCACUUUACCAUGGGUUUAGUCAGAGUCCAAUGCACAUGCAUAACUCAUGCUUGAGUAAUGAAAUAGCAUUUCCGACAAUUGAUUUGCUCAUGUUGUGGCAGCCUCUGUUUGGGCUUCAGUGAAUAGCCUGAGCCCACCUGAGCUCAGAUACCUCCCUCUUUCUGCAAAAACUUGCUUACUGAGGAAAUCCCCUUAAAUUAUAUAUUGAACUGAAUAGAAAAAUUAGUAUGUGGUACUUAGGCCAUAUGCAGACACCCCCAUAAGGAGAUUUUGGGGUCUGUACCUUUAAAAAACACUUUUAGACUGUGUUAUUGUGUUUACUCCCAGCAGUCUUGCCUCGGUAAUUGAUAGGAUGAGAAUCAACAAACUGAAGCUCAGUCCAGAUCAGACUGAGGCACUGUUAGUGGGUGGUUCCCUAGACCAGAUGGGUGGGAGAUCGCCUGCUCUUGAUGGGGCUACACUUCCCCUGAAGGAGCAGGUUCGUAGCUUG